AUGAUAAGUGUAACCUCACGGAGGCUGGAAGGCCCAAGAAGAUGUACCACACAGCCUCCACAAUUGGCUGGAGGUACGAGUAGUGAACCUUUUAAAUCUGGAUAUUUGGAAUUAGCUCCUGAAGUUAUGGAAAGACUGCUUUCUACUGAUAAUAUUGAAAAACAUUAUGAAGUGGAAAGUUUACCUUUUGCAAGGCCAUAUAAAAAAAAAAUCAAAUGCGUGAAAUCGUGA